AUGUCGACAAACUCCAGUGAAAGAACGGUCAUCGCCGUUACACCACCACCUCCGUCUACCACCAACACCCUAGCCUCGGCUCACCACUUCAUAUCCAUGAAGCUAACCACCAAGAAUUUUUUCUUUUGUCGCACUCAAUUGAUGCCAUUUCUUCGUGGACAGGGCUUGCUUGGAUUCGCCACCGGUGAAACUCCGUGUACUCCAGUGACUCUUGAGACUCUGGCCUCCGGCGAGGCUGCUUCCGAGGCCACGACGUCAACCACCAUGGUGAAUCCGGCGCAUGGUGUGUGGGUGCAACAGGAUCAAUCGAUCCUGUCACUCCUCAUAUCCUCCAUGGCCGAUGAGGUCUUUUACCUUGCUGUUGGACGCACGACGUUGCAGGAGGUGUGGACCUCCGUCACGGCGGCGCUUGUUUCCUCGACACGGCCAAGGUGUCUCAACCUCCUUGCUCAGUUCCAGUCGCUCAGGCAAGGCGACAACACCCCCGCGGAAUAUCUCGGCAGAGCCCAGCUGUUGAUGGAAGACCUUGCGUUGGCCGGCCAUCCGGUCUCGCUCGAUGAACAAAACCUCUGGGUUUUCCGUGGACUCCGGCUGGAGUUCCGAUCGAUGGCCUCUUCCCUUGCGGCGUCUGGCACUCCGGUGUCGAUCCCGCAACUCUCGGACUAUCUGAUCCCAAGAACAACCAGCACAACCUUUGGUUUCAUGAUAUGCUUGACUGCCCAAUUCAUGGCAUCUCGGCUCCAUUUGUUUCGCCUUGCAUCCACAUGA